CAUCUUCUCUCGGAUCGAGGGGGCUGAUCGUUAAGCACAUCCUAAGCGGGGGACACCAGCCAGGCGCACCGACCUCGACUCCUAAACCGCGUCAUGUGACGGUGACGCCGGCCAGGCGAAAAUGGCUCGCUGGCGCAGGGAGGCAAACAAACAACAUGUUCGAUGUCAAAAGUGCUUGGAAUUCGGCCACUGGACAUACGAAUGUACUGGGAAAAGGAAGUACCUCCAUAGACCUACAAGGACUACAGAGAUGAAGAAGAAACUGAAAGAGAGCGAGAAAAUGCUUCCCAUCACGGCAGGACCAGGAACAGAAGGCUCAAAUGAGAAGGUGAAAAAGAAAAGGUCAAAGGAGUCGAGCGGCUCCAGCAGCGGGGACUCUGGCAGCUCCUCCGGCGAUGACUCUGACAGCAGCAACUCCAGCUCCUCGUCGGACAGCAGCAGCGACAGCAGCAGUGAUAGUGAGGACAGCACCAGCUCUUCCUCUUCCAGCAGCUCCAGCUCUGACUCAGAAUCAUCCUCCAGCAGCAGUAGUUCCGACGAAAGCCCACCCAAGAAGAGGAAGAAGAAGAAGUAGGAGGAAUGGGCUGCAUUGUGAUCUAGGAGUAGAAUUUCAGGCUUUCCGUGACACUACACCAGGACCAAGACCUACCACUCUCCCCAUAAAAAACAUGUAGGAAGGCCUUGUAGGAUAUUGGUGUUAUGUGGGCAAAAAUUCAGUUUUCUGUUAAAAUAUCAUAGGGAUGCAAGUUGUAAUCUUUAAAAAUUCAAUCACAAUGCAGGCUUUCUCUUAUUGUCCAUGCAAACUUUGGAUUUCAGGUCUAAAUAUUAAGUCACACAUAAUCAUUCAGUUGAAUAGUCAAAACAUUUGCAUGAAUCUUCUCUGAAAGAUAUGGAUCUUUUCUGAAAGAUAAUAUGUAAAAUAUUGUAUGGACUUUUAGUGUUACCGGAAAAAGAAAGAUUUGUACAUUUUACAUUGCAACAAGUCAUCGAUACUGAGAACUGAAAUUGUCUUUUAAGUAUAACAUUGUAGAGGCAAUUAUGAUGUGGCAAACCCUCUUAAUUAAGUUAUGUUAAGAUAGCAGGUUCAGCAUCCAGAAUUUGUCUUUGUGGACAGUUCUAUGUACAGAUUGUUCAGAUCUGUGGACAUCAGAGAUAAUCCUUGGUAAUGAAAGAUAUUAAAUUACAUUGUGGCUUCAUUUGGUGGAAUGAAAAUCUGUGUAUAGGCAGUCCCAUUUUCCUGGGCCCCUGGCUUGACAUGACCUUAACAAAUAUGUUUCACGAUACCUCUUGCCCUUCGUAAACUGGAUAUGAAAAAUAUGCUUUAAACAGUGUCAUAGUGGAGUUUUUUCUUCAUGCAUAUUGAAUCCGGAUUAGGUAAAAUCAUAAAGUUAUCUCUUUUGUAUAGUAAUCCUCACCAGUUUUGGGUACGUGUUUUUUGAAGAACGCUCUUGUUUUUAUUUUUAUAAUGCAAAAAUAAAAAGUAUAGGACAACUG